UCACAGGAGUGGUUUGUGCCAGCAUCAGUGGUGGUCUAGGGGAAACAACUUAUUUUGCAUUCUCUUCCUUUUUUGAAAAGAAUGUUAUAUCAGCGUACUCGUCGGGAACUAGGGCGCUGGGAUAUUUGGUGCUCUAUCGUAUGCUGGUUUGACGUCGGCCGGUCUGUCGCCUAGAAAGACAUUACUUGUGAUGACUAUCAUACCUGCCCUCAUGUUUAUCAGCUUCUCUAUUGUGAUAAAGAAACCCAGACAGUUCUAUCAAAAAGAAUACAUUGUCAAAUACAGUGAGGACACCAGUAGUCUGCUGAAAGAAUCAGAAGAUGCAGAUGAUAAAAUAAAAGGAAGAUUAACAUUGAGAGAAAAAUUACUCCUUUUAAAACCACUGAUGAAAUACAUGAUACCUCUGUGUUUAGUGUACAUCGCUGAAUACUUUAUUAAUCAGGGAUUAUAUGAACUUCUGUAUUUUAAUCACAUUUGGCUCUCGGAGAAAGAACAGUAUAGAUGGUAUCAAGUGGACUACCAGUUAGGCGUGCUCAUCUCCAGGUCAUCUGUCAAUGUGUUCAAAAUCAACAAACUUUGGACUCUUCCAGUGUUACAGUGUGUUAAUGUUGCAAUACUCACAGCCCAAGUCUUUCUGCGGUUCAUCCCCAAUAUCUGGAUCAUCUUCGCCCUUGUCUUGUUUGAGGGACUUUCGGGGGGAGCCGCCUUUGUCAAUACGUUCUACAAGAUCUCAGAGGAUAUUGAGGCAGAAUUCAAGGAAUUUAGCCUGGCAGCUGCUACUAUUGCUGACUCCGUGGGAAUUUCUAUCGCUGGUGCGAUCUCCAUUCCAGCUCACAACCAUAUAUGUUCACUCAAUCUGAAAAUGUGAAUGUCUCCUGAGUGUAUGUUGUAUAUAAAUGAUGACUGUAUGGACAUUCUCCAACACUUUGUUAGUGCUAAUUAACCAGAAUUAAUUUCUAUAUACUUAAAAGACAACAAGUAUUUUAAUUUGAUGGCAUAUAAUUUUGUUCGAAUGUCAUGCAUGAUAGCUGGUCUGCCCUUCUCUGCUCCCUUCUAUACCCUGAAAGGGAUACUACAUGCACUAAUACAUGCUGGAAUUUUAAAUCUUUUAGAAAUAGUCUGUGAUGAAAUGUCAAUAUUUCUCUUAAAUAUAAAGGUUAAGUUGCUAUGAAUAUUCAAAGGCUUGUGUGUGUUUUUGAAUUU